CCAUUUGUUUUCGUUAAAUUAUUUGCAUAUGCGUGAUAAAUGAAAAUACUGUUCUCAUAAUCAAGAUGAAGGUUUAUAUAUUUUAUAAGUUAUAAGUGAAAUCUGAAAAAGAAAAAGUGAGAAACAUGCAAGAUUUACUUAAAAAGUUCUAAUAGAAUUGAAGGAUUUAUAUUCUUUAUUCAAAAGUAUAUAAAUUUUUAUUUUACACUGUUAGAGAAAGUCGUAAAAGCAACAACGUAAUAGUGGCAAAAUUAGGUGGGCUAAAAAGUAGCUGUCAGGGGCAUAUUUCAAUUGCUAAAUAAGAGUAGAAAAGUAAUUCUCUUGUCUAAUGUACGCUUACUUGUAUGUAAAUAUAAAUAUAUAAUUGGAUGAUAAUAUGUGUGCUGAAGGUAAAUAUAGUUUUUGUCGUCUUGUUUUUUGUUUUUACCGGUUAUGUAUGUACAUAUAGUCGUUACUAAUUUUUGGAUGUGGUUUUUGUUUUUGGUUUUUAAUUAAAUGAUGAAAUUGCCUAUUAGAGAAAUCUUAUGCCUUAAGUGAGAGAUAGUUUAGUUUUAUAUAACAACGUCUAAGCAUCAUCUUAAUUUACAUAAGCUUAUGAAUUUUGUGAAAGUAUUUCAUUUUGGUCAAAACGUGAUCGUAUUAAAACUAAAUUUUAAAAGAAUAUUUAAAAAUGGGUGCAACAACGAAUAUUGAUGAUAGUGACUUAGAUUGGGCACAAAAUCUGGCAAAUAAAACUGGUUCACCAGAAGCAGCAAUACGUCUAUUAUUGACUAUAUGUGCAGGUUAUCCGAUUGCUUUAAUAUAUCGUGGUUUUAUCCGAAGUAUACCAAUUUUUAAUGUACAUCACCUGUUUUUUGCUUUAACUGGCUCGGGUUUAUGUUAUUUUAACUACGGAGUUGAUACUUAUCAUUCCUUGGUAGCCAUCUGUACGAGUUACAUUUUAAUGCACUUAUUUUAUAAAUCGUCAACUUAUUUGAUCGCUACCAAUUUUACAUUCCAUAUGGGAUAUUUGUUGACGGGCUAUUAUUUCACGGAAAGCAGUGAUUAUGACAUAUUAUGGACGAUGCCGCAUUGUGUCCUGGUACUACGGAUGAUAGGCUUUGCUUUUGAUGUGGCCGAUGGUCAGAAACCACAUGAUAAACUAUCUAAAGAUCAACGGGAAUGUGCGCUUAGGGAGUUACCUACAUUGUUAGAAUUAUUGGCGUUUUCCUAUUUCCCAGCAUCAUUUUUGGUGGGACCGCAAUUUCCGUUUCGACGCUAUCGACGUUUUAUUAAUAGAGAAUUUAUGCAAUACAAAGGAUCGGUACAAGAGGGGAUGAAACGUUUAACAUUGGGUUUGAUUUAUUUGGGUAUACGUCAAAUGGGUACCAUGAUGUUACCAGAUGAUUAUUUCUUAACGGAUGCUUAUGCCAAUCAAACAUUUUUACGUAAAAUUUUUUACAUGGGCUUAUGGGGCAAAUUCUCUCUUUAUAAAUAUAUUUCGUGCUGGUUGAUGACCGAAGGCGCAUUAAUGUGCUUAGGAUUUACCUAUAAUGGCGACGCAUUGGACGGUAAGCCAGAUUGGUAUGGUUGUUCAAAUGUGAAAUUGUUGCACUUAGAAACUGGAACUUGUAUGCAACACUAUGUGCAAUCUUUUAACGUGAACACUAAUCUUUGGGUGGCCCAGUAUAUCUAUAAGCGUUUGAAAUUUCUUAAUAAUCGUACCAUUAGUUACGGUGGAGCACUAGGUUUCCUAGCGGUAUGGCACGGUUUUCAUAGCGGCUAUUACAUGUCCUUCCUAUUGGAAUAUAUAGUGGUUACGGCAGAAAAACAAAUCGAGGAAGUUUACAUCAAAUCCGUUAUACCGCACAUGGGGUCUGUAGUUAAAAGUUCAUGGUACAGUUAUUUAAAACUUAUCGCUUUAAAGUUUUACAACAUCGUGUUCAUGGGCUUCUGUUUGACUCCAUUUAUAUUCUUGAGCUAUGAACGAUGGAUACAAGUGUUUAAGUUUGUUGACUAUUAUGGUUUUAUUUGGCUGUCAGGAUGGUUGAUAUUCUAUUUCGUCUAUCAAUAUUUGCAUACGGACAAUACCAAGAAAAGUGGUCAUUCCGUUCGCAAAGACGAAGUAUUCAGUAAAGCUACAGAUUUAUCGCCUACCGUUGGCGCUGCCCGAUACGAUAAGAAUUCCAUAGCGGUAGAUGCGAAUUUUAGUCAAGCAACUGAUUUAUCGCCUACUUUCCAAAGCAAUAAAAAGAAUAACUAAAUAAGGCCCCAAAACUUAGGAUAGAUUUUCUUCCUCAAAAGACAUUUUUUCCAACUUCGAAAGAGAACUCAUAUUUUGUCUUGCACUCUAUUAAGUAUCAAUAUCUAGUCAGUGUAUGCUCUAUUAAUUCAGUUUCGGGAAGUUGUUUUUGCAAAUUUUACAUCAGAAUAUAGAGAAAUUCAAAAAUCUCAACUAUUAUUACUUAUUAAUAAUGGUAAUUAAGAUGAAAUCGUUGUCCAGGUUUAAGCGUAAUUUUAUUCGGACAAAGGAAACGAAAAGAUUAAUUGUGAUUGCUUUGUUUUUUUUAUCUAAAUUGAAAAAUAUAUUCUAAAAAGGAAAAGAAAAAUACAUCUUCAAUUAUAUAAG